UUGUUGUCCAAACACAAACUACAAGAGGACUCAGCUGACACUGGCUGACACCAACUAGAGGGACACCUAGGCACCUCUACUAGAGGGACUCUAACACUAACUGACUGCAACUGACACCUAGAUCUCACCGAUCGUACGGAUUAUGGCUUCUCUGGGCUCCUCUCUUUCCCAUAAACUUGAUCAGACGCAAUCAUCCAACUCUCGGUUGAUAAGUAUACAUAUAUUAUAGGAUGAUAUAAGCAGAGAUGAGUACUGAUACCUACUCAUCUCUGAUAUAAGAGUAGUUACCGUUAAUUGAAUAAAAGAAACAAAUAAUCAGAUUAUAAAUAUGCAAAACAAUACUCGGGAAUUAGGUUUUCAAUGAUAAAUUCUAAGCACUGCUACGGUUUAAAAGGAUCUGAGAUGGACAACGUGUGCAGGUUAUGCCUUCAGGCUAAACAGAAUAUGUUGCCUAUUUUUUAUAAAGGGCAAUAUUCAAUUAAACUGCUAUUACAGAUUAGGGAGAGCUGUUCUAUCGAGUUACUGGAGAGCGAUACUUUGCCAAAGCAGAUUUGCAAAGGUUGUAAACUUAAGCUCACUACAGUACAGAAGUUUAGGGAGCAAUGCAAACAGUCAGACCAUGUACUACGCGAGUACUUCAAACUUCCAAUAACUUCCAGUACUCAGGCAUCAUCAAGUAAGAGCUUUGUGGAUAUCGGAGUACAAGCUGAGAUCAUAUCAUCUGCUGAAGCUGUUCUUGUAAAAAAUGAAGAAAUAGUUCAAAAUAUUGAUCCUCUGGUAGUGGAACCGCGACAGACAAACGUUGAUCAUGAUGAUGAAGAUAUCACUAUAUGUACAGUCAGUUAUUCAGAGACUGACGAUGACAUGUAUACUUUUGGAGACAAUGACUCAUACUCCGAUGAAAUAUUACAUAAGCUAGGAAAAGAUAAGAAGGCAUUAAGCAUGACAAAUGAUAGAAAAUCUAAACAGAGAUUCUUGUGUCAUAUCUGUCAAAAGGAAUAUAUAUCCAAGAAAGCACUGUUGAAACAUACUGAAGCACAUUUAAAUGAAAACAUUUUCACUUGCAUUAUUUGUGGUAAAACUUACAAUAAUAAAAAAAAGUUAGAUGAUCACAAUAUAAAACAUAAUAAUGAAUAUAAUGAAAACUUUAAAUGUGAAAUAUGUAGUAAGCCUUUUAAAGAAAAGAUCGAACUCAUGUACCACUUACGAGUACAUGGUAAGGGACCAUCUCUGAAUACAGAAAAUCAGUAUCUAUGUGAUAUUUGUAACAAAACAUUUGUAUCCAAAUCAGGUCUCUGUUUACAUAUUAAGUCUCAUACUGGUGUAAAACCAUUCAAGUGCCAAUAUUGUCAUAAAGGUUUCGCAAUUUCUAGUUAUAUGAUAAGACACGAGAGAACACACACCCGAGAUAAAUGUUACGUCUGUCACGUUUGCAGUGCUGCGUUCGCUUCAGCUAAUGGUUUAAGGUAUCAUAUAAGAAUUCAUACUGGUGAGGCAAAUUAUCACUGUGAAACUUGUGGCAAAGCCUUUAGAAGAUUUAAAUAUUUGAAAGAACACACAUUCACACAUACUGGUGAAAGACCCUUUGUUUGUAAAAUAUGUGGCUCGGCUUAUGGAAAUUCAGGCAGUUUAUUUGUACAUGAAAAAAAAUGUAAAGCUUAUUAUGGAACAACCAGUAUGUCGGACACAGUUAUAGGAUACACUGAUUCAAGUAUGCAGUCACAUUGUGUCAUGUGAUGACAUAGUUAGAAAAAGGUUCAAAGUUGGGCUGGAAUCUCAAAGAUGAUCAUUAUAUUAAUUUUUAUUGCCCAAACCUUUUCCAAUCAUCACUUAACACAUAUUCAAUUAUUUGCACCUAGGAUAAAAUAAAAGAAUAAUUUCUUUAAUAUAUUUAUUUUUGGGUCAUCUUUUUCAUCAUAGAGAUAAGAUUUACAAACAGUUUCUUUUGUACUUCUUAUGUAGAAAAUCCGUUGUAAAAAAUAUAAUCGCGUUACUUUUGCAUAAA